GCGAUGAGGUGUCGCAUCCCGACUCAUUGAUCGUAGAGCUGCGUUCUUAGUGCUAGUGGGCCCUUGCUACAAAACGACUCUUGGAACCAGUCAAUUUUUCAGCUUCCAGACGAUUGUGAAUGGUUUUCAGUGAUAGUGAGGUGUACGCUGCCAAACUGUGGGGUUCAAGUUUCUUCCUACCCCCUCAGGGGGUCUACUACCCGUUAACCAACAAUCAAUGGAAUGAUUUGUACUCGCGAACUUCUGGCCUCUCGCCUUCACAAGUGUAUGCGGGAGGGCGUAAUAGCUAUGAGCAUAUGGUGCAGGCGGCAGCCGCGGGCAUGGGCUCGCCGUACGGCGCUGCUGCGGCCCAGUUCCAGCAGCAGAACGGGGAGGCGCAGGCGGCUGCUGCAGCUGCUGCGGCCGCCGCUGCUGCAGCCGCAGCAGGAGUGGUUAACGCUUCUUCGGCUGCACAGGCGCCACCCGCCCCUCCUCAAAUCAAGGAUACUCAGACAGCUACCACGGUUCAACCUAAGGAAGGACCUCAGCCGAACUCAGCGCCGCCCUUCUCGCCCAACGCCCAGCAGAUCAACGGGAUAGAACAACAGCCGGUCGAGAUAAAAGAUGAAAAAUUAAACAUUCUUCAAUCCGAAGGUUCUUCCAUGUAUUUGUGCAAUCAUCAGGCUUUCCGCAAGGUGAGCGAAGGUGACGGUGAUUCAGCGGCGACGGCAGGAUCAACUGGGAAGAGCGGCAGUGUGACAGUACCGGCGUCCAACUCCUGCUCUGCACUAGUCGGGCCGGUCGAGCCCAAACCACCGGGACAAGUAGUCGGAACGCAAGCUAAAAGGCUCCACGUCUCCAACAUUCCCUUCAGAUUCCGGGAACCAGAUCUCAGAGCCAUGUUUGGACAAUUUGGUGUUAUAUUGGAUGUAGAAAUAAUCUUCAAUGAACGAGGAUCAAAGGGAUUCGGUUUUGUAACUUUCGCAAAUAGCAACGAUGCAGACACCGCACGUGAGAGACUCCAUGGCACAGUGGUUGAGGGAAGAAAGAUUGAGGUCAACAACGCAACAGCUAGAGUACAAACUAAGAAGCCGCCGACGAUACCUAAUGGUGCUGUAUGUCUACAAUGGCCCGAAGCUACGGCGCUGAGAGGUGCUGCUAUACAGCGGCGGGCGAGGGCCGCGUUUCCGGCAGCGGCGGCAGCAGCGGCUGCGGCGGCAUUUGCAAGGCACCCUUCCCCACUUGCGGCAACCGCCUUGGGAUACACACCUGGUGUCUACUAUGAUCCCAUUUUAGCUGCACAUGCCGCUUCUGAUAGCAAUUACAGGCUCCAGGGCCUCCUAGCUGCUGGGAACCUACCCGGGAUUUCAUUAGGACUGAAAGAGGAUCCUGGGUCAGGGGGGACACCGACUGAGGUAGCGGCAGCAGCAGCCGCAUCGCCUUUGUUGAAGGCGCCAGGAUCUUUGUCAACAGCGGCACAGCAGGCCUCCUACGCUGCGGCCGCGUCCUAUACUGCGGUCGCUGCAAGAGCGUACGGAGCAGCAGCAGCGGCUGCACAGCCUGUGGCAGGCUAUGCAGCAGUAGCCGGCUAUGGCCGUGAGUACGCUGAUCCUUACCUCGGCCAUGGAAUUGGUCCAGUUGCAGGAUACGGGGCUGCAGUUUAUAGAAGUGGCUACAACAGGUUCGCACCGUAUUAACGACUUUCUUAAAUGAAAAACACUCCAGCCACAAACCUCAUAAAGUUAUUAUUACCUUGUAAAUAAAAAAGUCAAUUUACAUUACAUUAAUCAAGCAAUGUAAGUAUAUUUCUAAUAGAUAACUUUAAAAAAAGAAGAAAAUAAACAAAACAAA